AUGGUGUCGGGAGAGGGCUCCUCGGUGGCGCGUGGCCACUCCGGAAUUUCGUCCUGCGCGUGCGGGCUACGCGCCACUCAGAUGGACGCCGGAUUUGGAGGUCUUGAAGAUCGGCGGCUGGGCAUCAUACCGGUUUUGAUGGACAAGAACUUAAACAAGGAAGCUUUUAAAGGAACUGUGACCAAAGUUUGGAAUCUUGAGGGUUCAGUCUGGUUUAAUGAGGUGGGUCAUCAUAGAUUCUUGGUUGAAUUUCAAAAAGAUGUGGAUAUUGAAAGAGUACUUAAUGGUCAACCAUGGACUUUUGAUAAACACCUUAUAUGCAUACAACCUUUUGGUAAAAGUACCCCUCCUAAUGAGAUGAUCUUUAAUCAAGAACCUUUUUGGAUUCAACUACAUGGCUUGCCUCUUGCAGCCAUGACUGUGGAUGGAGGAGAGAAAAUUGAUUUUUCACUUGGGGAAGUGGUUUAUGUGGAUGUGGAUGGGGAUGGUAUUGGGUGGGAAAAAUAUCUCAGGAUAAGAGUCAAUAUGGAUAUUACAAAGCCUAUUCCUCGUGGGAAAUUAAUUAGAGUAGAAGGCAAACAAAGAUGGGUUGAAUUUAAAUACGAAAGAUUGCCUUUAUUCUGCUUUCAAUGUGGGGUUAUAAAACAUGCUGGUCGUGAAUACGCUAUGGAAAGAACAAGAUUUAAUUCUGUAGAUACUUCUCAAAUUCAAUAUGGUAAAUGGUUAAGGGCCACAACCUUUAAUUUAAUGGGAAGUGGAGAUAAAAGAACAGAGGGAAGGGGUAUUAAAAGUCAAUACGAUGGCUCAGGUAGUGGAGAGGGUCAAAGCAAUGGGGCUUUAAUCAAUGUUUCAGAAAAUCAGGCAAUACAAAAUGUGACUUUUGAUGAAGAUGCACAUGACCAACAUUUUGGAAGUUUCAACAAGAUUGCAAUAGUUUAA